AUGGAGAUGAUACGCGUGGUUCGUGCGGCCACAGGUGCAGAACUGACUGCUCUCUCACAGGAGGAUCUAAGACGCCUUGCCCUCGAAGACGGCCAAGCUGUGCGGGGUCUCAUGCGGCACCUGCACCCGCUGUGCGGGAAGUCCAGGUUUUGUCAGAAGUUGCUCGACACGGACGGGUCCAUCUUGUCCGAGGGGACAACCCUGGAGGCGCCUGUGGAGCUGCAGCUGGUGCUGCUGCCUUUUGCCGAUGCCUCUGUGUCUGAGCUGGACGAGCUCGUCUCCGCGGUCGGGCACAAUCGAGUGGAAUUCGGACUGAGCAUUCAGUUCAAACUGAGCGUAUCUUUCGACAAGAAGCCAAGGAUCCACUCUUGGGCCAAGAGUCAGCCCCGCGAGCUGGACUUGCUGUUGGUGAGCAAGCUUGGACACCAAGUCAACAGCUUCAAAGCCCAAGUCGAGGACGUCUUCAACCGCAGCGACAACCUAGCCGAGCAUUUCGAGUUCUUAGAUCAGCAGCCGAAGAUUUUCCCAGGCACCUAUGAUGGCCCAGUGAGCGGACAGGUGGAGUUCCAGGAUGUGUCAUUUGCCUACCCCACGAGGCCAGAGCAGAAGGUGCUCCACGAGCUCUCCAUGGAGCUGCAGCCUGGGAAGACCACGGCUCUCGUUGGCGCCUCCGGGUCGGGAAAAAGUACCUCAGUGCAGCUCAUCUUCCGGUACUAUGACCCCAUGGCUGGCACCAUUCUGAUUGAUGGAGUCCCGAUGAAAGACUGGGACCUGACACACCUACAUCGGCACAUGGCGCUCGUUGCACAGGAGCCCGUGCUUUUCAACACCUCCGUGCGGCAAAACUUGCUGUAUGGCUUGCCGCACUGCCGCAUCGACUCCGAUCCCAAGGACUUCGAGGAGCAAGUCAUCGAAGCUGCAAAGGCAGCUUGUGCACAUGACUUCAUCAUGGGCUUCCCCGGUGGCUACGACACCAACGUCGGGGAUCGGGGUGGCCAGGUGUCGGGCGGGCAGAAGCAGCGCUUGUCGGUCGCCCGCGCCAUCCUCCUGAAGCCCAGGAUCCUCGUCCUGGACGAAGCCACCAGCGCCCUGGAUGCUGAAAGCGAGUCCAUCGUCCAAGAGGCUCUCGAUCGGUUGGUGGCAAGUAGCGGCAGCAGUGUCAUGGUGAUCGCCCACCGCUUGUCCACAGUUCGGAAUGCUGAUGAGAUCAUCUGCCUUCGGGAAGGCCACGUUGUGGAGCGAGGGUCCUCAAAAGAGCUCAUGGAGUUGAGAGGCUACUACUACACCCUUGUCGAGAAGCAAGCCGUGACCUUGGAUGACAUUGGGGGUGCCAACGCUGAGAUAGAUCGGUCUCUGAAAUCCAGAAGCAAAAUCACGGAUUCCGAUGCUAAUGUACAGGAGCGUGCAGCCACGGAGAAAUCAUCCUGA